ACAGGCGACGUUGUCUCUAUGGCUGCGGAGGACGCGAAGGUAAUCCUGUUGCUAGCAAGAACUAUAAAUAUGCUUUGUUCGGGUUCACUCUAUAUGUAAUAGCCGCUAUAAACAGCGCCAAAUGGAGGCUAAGCCAUUUAUUUCACGUUGUAACACGACAGUUCUUCUGUACUAAUCUAUGGUGGAGUUGCUAACCGUCCUAGCUCACUGCUAUAGUUGAGCAUUUAGUGUUGCAGUUAACAGUGUGUACCUUCAUUACUGCCCGAUAACGGUAUGUGUGAUGUUUUUCUAAUCUAGCAUAUCUUGCUCUGACUAGAUACCCUUUGUUUUCCUAUAACAGACUUUUCAGAUUAUCCACAGCCGCUGUAAGGAGAAGACAGCUCGAUGUAUCACAGAGAGAAGAGCAUCCAGAUCAAAAACAGCGCCUCGUCGCUGUACAAUAACCUGAGUGUGCAGCGCAUCGCCCCUCGGCGGCUCACCUACUUCACGGUGGUCCAUGCUAACGUGGUGAACAUGGUUAGCGCCUCCUGGGAUGGCCUCAACUACUCCCAUCGGCAGCUGCAGUCUAAGGAGCCAAACGUAGCCACAAGCACCUCACUUAUAAUGCAGGUGGGGCCCAGGGCUUUACUAUAUUUGAGUUUGGUAAUUAUGGACUUGAUAAUACAAAGUUUCAGCUGGAUAAGAACUAGAGAGCGACAACCAAAACACCUAACACAAGUUAAAAAAAAUUUAUUCAAACAUUAUAACAUCCAUUUUGUCUUGUUAUUUCUCUUGCUUCUGCAUAUUGUACUAUUGUCUGUCUUGAUCACACAAGUAUUUAGAUCCUUUCUCCCCCUUCUUGUUACAGGCUGCAUUUUGUGUUCUGCCCUCUCGUGACCUGCUGGUGGUGACUUCACAGAAAGGCAUUCAGGUAUGUAUCAGUGGUUAGUGAUAAUCUACACAAUUUGAGAAGCCACUGCCAUAUCUGUAACUUUUAUCCAUUUACAAGCUAUGGACAUUUGUCAUGAAGGCAUUCAUUUGACAUCCCUCACCUUCAAUUUAAAUGUUAUCUUACAGAUGUAUGAAUCUGAUGGCUCCAUCAUGGUGUACUGGCAUGCCCUGGAUACUCCAGAAACACCUACAGGUAAACAGUACACCGAGGUGUAGAUGCGCUACAUAUGUAUUCAUUCAAACUUACAAAGGAAUCUGAGUGUAAAUAUCUUUUUUUGAUAGAUAUGACAAAAUACAACUGAAGUGUCCAUAAUAUUCAUGGAAAUGUGACAGUGCAGCAUAGCCAACCUCAUAAAACAAACAUCAUUAUAAACAGAAUAAGGAUCUGAUUAUAUAAUAAAAUAAAACUUUUCCAGGCUUCUUCAUCUUUAUUUUUCAUACCAGUUUUACCCAAAGAUUGUGAGGACAUUGUACACACAUGAAAAAUCUGCACUGUCUGGUUAUGAGAUACUCUUGGCCUUAUUCGCAUACUCAAUUGCACAGAACUGGGUGAGGAAAAAGUUACUAGUUUAGAGUUUGAUUCUAAAUACAGUAUAUUUACAAAAUUUUUUUUUUUUUUGGUAUCCUAGCUCAGGCCGUGUUUGCUCGAGGGAUAUCAGCAGUGUGGCAAAAUUAUAUAUGCGUUGGUAAGUACAGCAACAUACAGUACUCAUGCAUAAAUGUUCAUAAGAUACAGAGGACGUCUUACAGUGCACUGUUCCUGUCUCUCUCCAGGUGUUUCAUCUGGUUCAAUUCUAGUCUUUGACAUCCCAACUAAAGGCAGUAAUAUCACCCUGUCUGAGGUCCUAGAAGAGCACAAGGACCCCAUCACUGAUCUGGCCUCUGAGUGUUCAGGCAGCCAGGUAUGACUUCUCUGUGUGUGUACAGGAAAGAUUUAGUUUUCUGUGAAUGACAGAAAGCUUGAUUAAAUUCCUUCUUAUGUAACAAUUCGUGGAGCUUCAACAAUUUAUGAUUGACAUAAGCCCAUCACUCAUGUUACUGUUUGCCUCCUCUCAGGAGUGUAUAGCUGAUCUGGUCAGUGCAGAUGAUGUUGGGAAUAUAUGUGUGUGGAAGUCUGGAGAAGAAUUUCAGCUGCUCAACAAGAUCUCUGGCUUUGAGUAAGAAGCAGUACACGUGUUGUUGUUUUGAUUUGCACACUUCAAUUAAGAUAAAACAGCUUAAAUCUUUCCUCUUUAUCCAUCUUUCAUCUUGUCUGUGUUAAUCUUCUCCAUCCUCCCUACCUUUACCCUUUCCUGUUCCGUUCCACUCUUCUUUGUUUCCUCUUUAUAACUCCUCCACACUUUGAUCCGAUGUCCAUUAUCUUGUCCUUUUCCACAUUGACAUUCAUCCUCCAUCCUCCUCCGUGCUCUUAGUAUGACCUGCUCAUCUGUCAAGCUAUGGAAAGGUACAGUGGUGGCAGGUUACGGCACAGGCCAGAUCCGCAUUUAUGAGGCUGUUACUGGAAUUCUGCACGCUGAAAUCAACGCCCACGCUCGCUGGAUAUACUCACUGGACAUAGCUCCUUUCUCUGGACUGGUAAGUUUCACCAAACUGUUAGAUGAGCAGACAAUGAAUGAUUUUUUCUGACAUUUUGUUGUUUUAUUUUUUAACGUAAUUACCUACUUUUGUGCUUUAGCUUCUUUCUGCAGCCGAGGAUUCUCUGGUCAGGGUGUGGCACCUGACACUGACCCCAGAGACCAACAGUGUGGAGGUAAUUGGUCUUAUAACAUUAUGCAAAGCUUCUUUUUCCUUGUGCAGUCCAAACACAAGGCAAAACUUUUGCAAUAACCUCCCAGAUUUAAUUCACUGUAACGUAUUUACUGACUGUUUUCUUGUUUCACUUUAGGUUGCACAUUUGCACAAUGAGUGUGUGACAGACACACAAAUCUGCGGGGCCAAGUUCUGCGAUGGUGAUGGUUAUGCUUUUGCAGUGACAGGCUAUGACCUGAGUGAGAUUAUUCGCUAUACACAGACGUAAAUCUCAGAAGGUAUGUUGGAUGAUGUCUGAAAAAACAUGAUCAUGAGAGAAUAAGAUCAAAAAUGACAAAAUAUGGUCACAGUGAGACACUGCAAGGAUUAAGAUUUUGGAAUUCAUGUCUUUUCAAGAAGCAGAUUCACAACACUUCUGUAUCUAUGAGACAUAAUUUAAAGCCAGUGUGUUAAAGUUUUGAUUAACAUUUUAUGUACAAAUGUUCAGAUGUAUGUGAAUGUAGCUGUUAAAGUAAUAAAAUAUUCUAUUAUUCUUGCCGAUAUACAGGUUGACCUUUUUUUUGAGAAGCUGUGAUUUUAGGCGUGUCAUUGCACUACAAAAGUGCACCAGUAGAUGUAGCUGUUUGUUAAAUUUUUGAAGGCAAUGAGGGUGUAGUCUGCAGGAGAGCAGGACCAGGACUGGGUUUUGAACUGCUGACGGAUAAUUUGAGAAACUUCAUGAUGUGAUUUAACACUGUGUGUGGACCUCAGGACACAUAGUUCAUAUCAAAUGGUAUUUGAGUGCACAUCUACCAGGAGGUCAUACACAGUUUUAUAUUGAACAAUGUUUAAUGGAUCCUUGUGCUCCAGCCCUGUUCUUCCAG